AUGUGGCAGCUGGUGCGGCGACUAAUCGGCCACGUCACCAGCGCUACUGCAGGUCGUCCGGGCCUCUGGACGGCGUCAGCAGCGGCGGCGAGAGGGGAAGCGCAGAGGAGUGGGGGUGCGGUGAAGCGGGUGCGGUGGGAGGAGGAGGAGGUGGCGUGCGGCACGGAGCACACGGUGGUCUACCUGCUGCUGCAGAGCGGCCGCCUCUCCCCGCGCGGGCUUGCCACGCUCGCCUGCCUCUGCCGCUCCUUCCGCCAUGUAAGACGCUCCCCUAAGGUUAUUCAGAACGAGGAUGGGGAGGAGGAGAAGAGAGGGGGGGGAUGGGUUGGGGGAAGAAGGGGGGAAGGGGGAAUAGCAAGAGAUGGGAGAGAGGGGGAGGGGAGAGGGAGGAGGAAGGGAACGUGGGGGAGGGAGAAGGUUAAGGUUGCCCUGGCCUGGCGUGUCUCUGCCAUGCCAUCUGCCAUCUGCCAUGUGAGGCACUUUCUCGCUUUUUCUACUUUCAAAAAUGUGUCGCGUGUCCGUUCUGUGUGUUCUUUGCUGUGUGCGUGUGUUGCGCCACAUUGUGUGCUCUCUCUCUCCCCCCGCCAGGGGUGUGAGGACGAGAUGCUGUGGCAUCUGGUGUGCAUCGUGCAUUGGCCCAGCCUCAACGCUCCAGACCUUGAAGCCAGAAUACGAGCGAGCGGUGGUUACAAGAGGUUCUGCCGUUUGCUCCACACGCCCUGUGGGGAGGUCCAGUCCACCAUUCCAGCAGGCCACGUGGACGAGUUUGUGUCUGACGUCAUCUUCCUUGUUGACGUGUCGUACCGUGGUUCGCCCAUCUUUGCGCGUCGCAUCAACGGGGCGAGCGACCUGGAGCACCUGCAGCAGCCCGACUCGUUCGCCUUCAGGCUGCCAGACAUAAAUGUGGGCACAGUGCUGGUGGACGGCAAGCCUGGGCUGAGCAGGAGGGCGCUGGAGCGCGCAGCGAGGGAGCUGCAGGUGUCGUGUCUGGCGCUCAGAGGUUGCGACGACAGCUUCGCUGUGCUGCUCAUGGCGACCACUGCACAGCACAGCACCAUUGGCGGCUUCUGCGCAGCACAGCACCAUUGGGGCACUGUAUACGCCACCUUCCAGCGCCACCUCGCCCUGCCAGGAACCAUGGACGGUAUACGCCACCUUCCAGCGCCGCUUCAGCCUCCCAGGCACGCUCGCACACACCAACGUGGCAGUCGACUGCAUCGUCACCCUCACCUCCCUGCCCCACUAACUCUCCAUCCCCCUCUUUUGUUUCCUCCAAUUUCCCUUCUAAUCUCCUUUGGCAGCACUGUAUACGCCACCUUUCAACGCCACUUCGCCUUGCCAGGCGCCCUCACGCACACCAACGUGGUAGUCGACUGCAUCGUCACCGUUACCUCCCGCCUUCGCUGCGUCAACCCCACCGCCCACCCGGAUGGCACCGCCGCCCAACCAGAUGGCGCCGCAGCCCAACCAGAUGGCGCCGCCGCCCAAGCAGGGGUGGCAGGAGCAGCAGGGGCGGCAGCAGGGGAAGCGGGCGAGGGAGAAAUUGCAUUUGAACAAACACAAGCAGCUGCAGCCAGUGCUGCUGCUGCUGCUGCUGCUGCUGCUGCGGGUGGUCCUGUUGCCGCUGCUGGUGGUGCUGCUGUUGCUGCUGCUGGUCUUGCCGAUGCUGUUGUGGAUAGAUUCCUGCCUGUGGGUCCCAUGCAAGAUCAAUGGGGGGCACAGGGCCAUGCGGAGGUAGUGGAAGAGACGAGGCGCAUGGUUCUGGCGUACCGAACCAUGACCCGCGGCCAAGCCUCUGCGCUAGUGGCAGGAGCACCUGCGGCUGCUGGUGGUGUUGCUGGUGCUGGUGGUGCUGGUGCUGGUGCUGGUGCUGAUGAUGGUGCUUUUGCUGGUGCUGCUGCUGGUGCUGCUGCUGGUGCUGCUGCUGGUGCUGCUGCUGGUGCUGCAGGUGGCGCUGGUGACGGUCCUGCUGCUGCUGCCGCUGCUGUUGCCGCUGCGGCUGCUGCAACAGCGGCAGCAAGAGCAGAUCAAGGUGGAGUGUGGGCAGGGGGAGGCCAGGCAGACUAA